GAGGCUAUGUGAGGCUGAAGAGGGUUGGAUUCCGGGGGCAUGGUGGGAGGAAAUCCCUGUAUUGACAAGCUUUGUGGCCCUGUGUGGGUUCUGUGGCUCUGUCGUUCUGUGGUUCUGUCGUUCUGUGGUUCUGUCGUUGGGAUGCACCAAUGAUUGGGAAAUUUCGGCAAGAAACGUCAUGGAUAAGAUUUGACACGAUUUGAGACGACCUCAUAUGAUACAAUAUCAAAAUAGAUGAGUGGAACGUUGCAGGCAAUAACUUCAAUCCGUAUUCAUUGAUUUUUCCCCAUCAACCAUCAACCACCAACCAAUUCUUCCUUUUCUUUUCGCGCACUCCAGAUUAUCGUACCACAUCCUUGGGAACGAAUAAUUGAAGAUGGCGAGUCCCAUUCAAUGUAGAGCUCUAGCUAGCUCCGCCGCGGUAAGCUCGAGAGGAGCUUUGAUGUCUGGUCUCUUGAGCAGACAAUGCACACAGAAUCGCUUGGGCAGCUUGGUGGCUCGGAGAUAUAAAUCUGGUCCAUAUGGUUAUACACAAGCCAAAGCGCUGGUGUAUUCUAAGUAUGGGGAGCCGGCGGAUGUCUUAUCUCUUCACAAUCACUCCAUCUCCCCCUCUCUUCCUUCAAAAUCUAUUCUCCUCCGUACUCUCGCGACCCCCAUUAACCCCGCCGAUAUAAACCAGAUCCAAGGUGUCUACCCCUCCAAACCUCCCUUCACCAGUCUCCUCGGAACCGAAUCUCCCUCGGCCGUCGGCGGCAAUGAAGGAUGUUUUGAAGUCAUGUCGCUUGGGCCCGGCAUCUCAACUCUCUCGAAAGGCGACUGGGUGAUCAUGAAAUCGACUGGGUUUGGAACAUGGCGCACACAUGCUAUAGCGGAGGAAUCACAGGUUCUCAAGAUUGGAAAUAAAGAGGGACUGAAACCCAUUCAGGUCGGCACUGUGAGCGUCAAUCCGUGCACGGCUUAUAGAAUGUUGAAAGAUUUUGAGAGCAUGGUGGAGGGCGAUUGGUUUAUACAAAAUGGUGCGAAUAGUGGGGUGGGGAGGGCAGCCAUACAGUUGGGGAAGAGGUGGGGAUAUAAGAGUAUCAAUAUCAUACGGGAUCGAGAGAAUGCUGAUGAGACUGAGGCGAUGAAGAAAGAAUUAUUGGAGUUGGGUGCUACGAAGGUGGUGACCGAGUCAGAAUUGAUGGAUCAAAGCUUCAGGGAUCAGGUGAAGGAGUGGACGAAUGGAGGCAGGGAAAAGAUUCGCGUGGGGUUGAACUGUGUCGGUGGACAACCGGCAGGUGCCUUGGUGAAAUGUUUGAGUAAUGGAGGCCAUUUGGUUACAUAUGGUGGAAUGUCUAAGAAGCCAUUGAUGAUUCCUACUGCAGCUUUGAUCUUCAAGGAUAUCAAGUUUAGUGGUUAUUGGGUUAGUAGGUGGAGUGAUAGCCAUUCAGAUGAGAAGAAGAAAACGGUGGAUGAAAUUUUGGAGAUGACGAGAUUAGGUAUGUUUAAGGACAUUCCAGUUCAAGAACUCAAGUGGGACUGGGAGACAAAGGAGGAUGUGUUGAAGUCGGCAGUGAGAGGAACCUUGGAGGGGUUCAGAAGUGGAAAGGGAGUUUUCAUCUAUGGAGAUACGUAGAUUCUGUCGAGGAAGAAUGAAAUAGAAUAAUAUUGAGUGUUGAGUUCUUGUUUUUGAGAGCGAUUAUUGGAGUGCUCACUCUACUGGAGGCGACUCCUUCUCUACCUCUUACACCCUUGUCAUCUUUUCCAAGAGGAGAACGAUCCAAAUCUUCAUCAAUAUAUUGAGGUUAAAACUUCGAAGCACACAGCAGAAGUCGAUUCGGAUCUCAGUCGUCAGAAACUCAAGCAAGUGUUGCGGAGAAUUCGACAAGUGUACGUUUGCUUUCAGAUUCCCUAAUUUUGAAACAGCUAGCGGAUGAUUCCUGUCAAGCAGAGUGAAAUUCUCUUGUCGGGUUCAUUAUCUGUUGUGUAGCAGCGAAAACUAUGCAUUGUCUAUCAUUCCCUCUCGUUGACCUCUUGCAACAUAAUAUUCGGGUCUUGACCUUGGUCUUGUGUCUGGACUCCUGAAUCCAAUAACGAGAAUCCGUUUGUAUUCUAGCAUGCCCUAUUUGUUCAUCAAUUCGAUUUCAAUAGAAAUUCGCGUGCGUGGCGAGGCUUUCA